AUGAAGUGGGCUUUUGUUCUGUGUGCCAUGGUGGCACUGUCUGAGUGCCUGCUCCAGGUCCCCCUGGAGAAGGGUAAAAGUGCCAGGGAGGCCCUGGAGGAGCAGGGUCUAUGGGAAGAGUACAGGCUCAAGUACCCAUACAACCCCAUGGUCAAGUUUGACCAGCGCUUUGCUGUGACUGGUGAGCCCAUGACCAACGAUGCUGAUCUGGCGUACUAUGGAAUCAUCUCCAUUGGAACUCCUCCUCAGUCCUUCAAGGUCAUCUUUGACAGCGGCUCAUCUAAUCUGUGGGUGCCCUCCAUCUACUGCAACAGCCCAGCCUGCAACAACCAUGACAAGUUUAACCCUACCACCAGCAGCACCUACAGAAGGAAUGGAGGAUCUCUCAAGAUCCAGUAUGGCACAGGCAGCAUGACUGGCUUCCUUGGAUACGACACAGUGACGGUUGGUGGAUUUGCUGUGAGAAACCAGAUCUUUGGCCUUAGUCAGUCUGAAGCUCCCUUCAUGCAGCACAUGCGUGCUGAUGGUAUCCUGGGCCUGGCCUAUCCACGUCUGUCUGCCUCUGGCGCUACUCCUGUCUUCGACAACAUGAUGAGGGAGGGCUUGGUCAGCCAGGACAUAUUCUCUGUGUACCUGAGCUCUAACUCCCAGCAAGGCAGUGUGGUGACCUUUGGUGGUGUUGACCCCAACCACUACUAUGGUCCCAUUACCUGGAUUCCCCUCUCCAAUGAGCUGUACUGGCAGAUCACAGUCGACAGUGUUACUGUCAAUGGUCAGGUUGUGGCUUGCAAUGGUGGUUGCCAGGCUAUUGUGGACACUGGCACUUCCCUGAUCGUUGGACCUCAGAGCAGCAUUAACAACAUCAACAGCCAUGUGGGAGCUAGUAGCCAGUAUGGAGACUAUCGUGUCAACUGUGCCAACAUUGCCCAAAUGCCCGAUGUGACCUUCCACAUCCAUGGACAGCAAUUCACCAUCCCAGCUUCUGCCUACGUCCGUCAGUCUCAGUACUAUGGAUGUCGCACUGGAUUCGGCAAUGGAGGUGACAGCCUGUGGAUCCUGGGUGAUGUCUUCAUCAGACAAUACUAUUCCAUCUUCAACAGAGGCCAGAAUAUGGUGGGUCUGGCCAGGGCCAGAUAA